AAAAAGAAAAAAAAAAGGCACCCCUCAAACAUAUAACAUAUUGCAUAUUGACCCCUGAAAGGAGCGUGAACACACUCGCUCCACCUAUCACAUCACAUUUCACCACUUUGAGAAAAAAAAGCAGGAGCACUGAGCGCACACUCUCCCUCAUUUUUCUCUCUCCCCCACCAAGUCGCUUUCACACUGUUGCACUUGCUCUGCUACUCUCUCUCACUACUUUCUCUCUCCUAAAAUAACGCCAAUAUCUUCUCAACGUUUUUUCCCCUCAAAUCUUCUGCUGCAACUCACUCAAAUCCCCCAUUUUUCUCUAACUAAAACAGAAAAAACACCGCAAACUUUCUCUCUCUAUAACAGAUCAAUUUUAUCGUGUUAUAAACGGGAAAAAAAAAAACUCCAUGAAAAAUGGUAGCAAUCGCAUCAUGUAAUUCCCGUUUCGUUUCUAGCUAGUUCUGCAUUAGGUUUAAUCGCAGUGAUUUGCGUGAGGGGCGAAGCGCGUGAUUAAUUUUUUUUACCUUUGUUAGGGUUUGUUGUAUACAAUCAUCUGAAUUUGCUACUCAAAUUGAGUUUCAGAAAAUAAGGAUGGAGAAAAGGCAAGGGUUUUUCUCGGCGCUGAAGGAGGAAGUGGUGCGCGGGUUGUCACCAGCAAGGUCACGGGCGAAAAGUCCGGGUCGGAGCCCCUCGCCGAUGGCGGGUCUUUUCCGGAGGAAACUCAGUUCCAGCAGCUCCGACUCGUUGAUUCCGAGAUCGGGCAGCCUAAGGCCGGGUGGGGAGACACUGACACCUUUAAUGGAGGGUCCGGAUCCGGACGGCGACGAACUCGGUGAGUCGAAGCGGCUCGGGUCGGGUCUCGGCCAGUGGGUCCGAGGGCAGCUGAACCGGAACCCAUCCGUUGCCGUUAAUGAGAACGGCUGCGGCAGCAAGAGGUCCGAUUUGCGGCUGCUGCUUGGAGUGAUGGGUGCGCCGCUUGCGCCGGUGCACGUUUGUACCUCUGAGCCUUUCCCUCAUCUCAGUAUAAAGGACACCCCCAUUGAAGCUUCGUCGGCGCAGUACAUACUGCAACAGUACACCGCCGCAUCCGGAGGGCAGAAAGUUCAGAACACGAUCAAGAACGCCUACGCCAUGGGCAAGUUGAAGAUGGUAGCGUCCGAGUUCGAAACCGCCACAAAGGUGGUGAAGAACCGGAAUGCCGCCAGAGCUGCAGAAUCCGGUGGAUUUGUCCUGUGGCAGAUGAAUCACGACAUGUGGUAUGUUGAGCUCGCAGUGGGUGGAAGCAAAGUCCACGCAGGCUGCAAUGGCAAGCUCGUCUGGCGGCACACUCCAUGGCUCGGGGCCCACACCGCUAAGGGACCCGUCAGACCCCUUCGCCGUGCUCUUCAGGGGCUUGAUCCAAGAACCACCGCUAGUAUGUUCACCGAUUCGAUUUGCAUUGGAGAGAAAAGCAUCAAUGGAGAAGACUGCUUUAUUCUAAAGCUCGCUGCAGAUCCUCACACGCUUAAAGCCCGGAGUGAAGGGCCGGCAGAAAUCAUAAGGCAUGUCUUGUUCGGCUACUUCAGCCAAAAAACGGGGCUUCUUGUUCACAUGGAGGAUUCGCAUCUCACCCGAAUCCAAUCCAACGGUGGAGAUGCAGUUUACUGGGAGACUACAAUCAACUCGUUCUUGGAUGAUUACAGGCCCGUCGAAGGAAUCAUGAUUGCCCACUCGGGUCGUUCGAUCGUGACCCUUUUCCGAUUUGGAGAAAUGGCGAUGAGUCACACUAAAACUAGGAUGGAAGAAGCUUGGACGAUUGACGAGGUGGCGUUUAAUGUUCCGGGACUUUCCGGAGACUGUUUCAUCCCACCAGCAGAUUUGAGAUCGGGUUCCGUAAGUGAAGCUUGUGAGCUCCCUCACGAGGAAAGGGGUAAAUCUGUAAUUGCCCAUCGAGCGAAAGUUGCAGCGUUGGAGAAUACUGGUAGUAAUAAUACUUGGAAAGUGGAAAGCUGACCGAGUAGGAUCCAGCUGCUUUCGUGGCGAAUAUGUUCAUAUGGCGUUAGGCAGUUUUCUAAUUUUACUAACAAAGUAGAAAAAAUAAUAACAAAUUAGGGCUCAGUUCGGUUCUAUUGAGAAAUUUGGGGGUUCUUUUUUUCCGUUGUUGUGCCGACAUUAGUCUCCGUUUCAUUCUCUAAUAGGAGAAUCCAACUAAAGGGGUUGGAAAACGGAGGCUAGUUUUUCGGUUUAAACUCUCCGACGAUGGAGCAAGGUGGUGAAAGCUUUGAGUAUUAGUAUUUGGCUUUUACUAAGUGUUUUUUUUUUUUCCUUUUACUUUCUUACUCUUGCCUAAAUAUAUGAAGGCAUUGGCAGUUAGAAGUGGAAUUAGCUGCUAAUUUGAUUGGGUUUAUUAGUUCAAUUAAUUCCUUAAUUGUUAAUAAGGUUCUUGUGUGUGACAUUUCUUUCUGGUACUAAAGCUUGUUUAAUGUUCUAUGA